CGCUUUCCAAGCUUCGUGUGGCGCCUUGAAUCCGCUUACGUAUAUUCCAGUGUAAGGUCGCUAGUUAGACCCCAGCAGCCAAGAUGGUGAAGCAGAUUGAGAGCAAGUAUGCUUUUCAGGAAGCCUUGAACAGUGCAGGAGAGAAACUCGUAGUAGUCGACUUCUCAGCCACGUGGUGUGGGCCUUGCAAAAUGAUCAAGCCUUUCUUUCAUUCUCUCUCUGAAAAGUAUUCCAACGUAGUGUUCCUCGAAGUAGAUGUGGAUGACUGUCAGGAUGUUGCUUCAGAGUGUGAAGUCAAAUGCAUGCCAACCUUCCAGUUUUUUAAAAAGGGACAGAAGGUGGGUGAAUUUUCUGGAGCUAAUAAGGAAAAACUUGAAGCCACCAUUAAUGAAUUAAUCUAAUCAUGUUUUCUGAAGACAUGACCAGCCUUUGGUUGUUUAAAACUUGUAAUUUUUUUUAUUUACAAAAAGGAAAGAUGAUCAAGUAUGAAGACUAUAUACCGAACUGCCAUCUGAUAAGUGACAAUAAAAUAUUAACUGUA